AUGGCCCCUCCAGUUAAAACAUAUCCACGUUACCUCUGCCGCGGUCGACUGUAUGCGUUGUCGAAAUUUGAAAUUACGUGUGUGUCCUGCGAACGCAAGUAUCAUAGCACGUCUCAUGCAUAUAAUCUCGUCAUCAUGCAUCAGUGCGUCCAGCCUCAUGGUGGUAAUAAUGGCAAAGAGCUUUUUGGCCUCGAUGCCGUGGCUCCUAAAGAGAUGGUCGCUGGACGCAGUGAGAAAUUGCUGCAAUACAUUGCCAGGUACUAUGUAGGGUUAAAAUUUGCGACGUCCAAUAUGAUGCAGAUGAAUCUCCUCAGCAACAAGCUCCCGUUGCGGCGGGCCCUUUGGUGGUUGGUGCGGGAGCACAGGCGCAAGCUAACAAACCGGACCAAACAGGUGACGGAUCACCUGGACACAUUGGGACGGAUGGAGAGGUGGAGAUCCGUAUUGUUGCCACUGAAGAAGCAACGGUUGGCGACGGAGGUGCAGAUGAUGAAGCAAGGGGUGCAGUGUAUGAGUCGGAGGAUGAUGAUGGUCCCCUUGCAUGUGCACAGGCUCAAGCUAACCAGCCGGAUGAAACAGGUGCUGGCCAAGUGCUGCCUCAGUGAGCUGUGGUGCCAAGAUGUGUGGGUGCAGCCGGGUUUGCUGUUGGGGUCAAAGCCGGUCAGUGGUAUACAUCUCACAGGCAGGUUCUUGGAGAAGCUCAUGGCCAUCAAGCUCAACAACAACGUGGAACUCACUGCAUUCGAUAGCAACAAGCCUAAGACAUCACAGGCCUGCUGGUUCAUCACCCAGAGAUGCAACUCCAGCGACAAAAUGUGGGUGGGGAAGGUGCUGGGCUUGUACCACUACAGGUCGCCAUUGAACAGGGAUAAGUUCGAUGUGAUGCUGGAGGUCGAAUGGCAUGCUCCCCUGCUGGGGAACAACAGUGAUGCCGAAGUUGCGGUCGACCAGUUCAUGAAUGUCCCCUUGGUGGACGCCAGGGCUGCCAGUGUGUCCAACACAGGCCCUCGCUACUACCUGGCUGAGGAUGUUGCGCCUUGA